AAGUUGCAGUCAAAAAAGAGGAUCUCUCUCCACUUGAGAGCAAUUCUCUCCAUUUUCAAGGGAUAAGACUGUCAUUCCCAAAUGCAGAAAAGCAUCGCCGUUUUUGCAUAAACAAUGUGAACACAUGAAAACUCAAAAUCCAGCCGUUGCUUCUUCCUGUGCUGCAAUCAUGUCUCUGUCUCUGUGUUUCUCAAUAACCAAACCAAUCCAACAUCAAACUUGAGAUUCUCAAAAUCAUAUAGCCUUGGUUUUCUCUCUGUCUCUUCUCUUUCUUUGUGAAAUCUCUCUCUCUUUCUCUCUGUGUUGUUCAUUUGACCAUGAUUGGAAGUAAAGAUCUUCCUCAUGGUGGUGUUGACUCAGAGGGUGAGAACUCCAGAAACAACCUCUCAAGACACAAUUUUGAGCCUAGAAAGGACUACCCAGAUGAAAAACUAGGAUACCCAGAAAACAAAGGUGUUGAAUUUCUCAGAGAUUCAAUGAUGGGUAGUGGUGGUGGUGGUGGAAGCUCAGGGUUUCAAGAACUCACCCUCAGCUACCUUUGUGAUAGCUCCAAAUUGAAUCUUGCUGAUCCUGGUGGUAAAAGCUUGCUGAAUUCCUUGACACACAAAGGUAAAGAGGUUGUUGUUUCUGAGGUUGCAAAUCAAGAUGGGAAAUGGGUGGAGAGAGAUUUUCUUAGCUUGAGUGAAACCAGAGAGGAUUCAUCAAAGCGAUCUCUUGAGGAAGAUGAUGUUGAGAGGGGGAGUAACAGGGAGAAGAAGCCAAAAAUGGAGACACUGAAUCUAUCUCUUGCUUUGCCUGAUGUGUCACUUUCUCUCACAGCUUCAAACGCCUUGCAGAACAUUGAUCAUCACCAACAACAACAACAACCUGUGAGGACUGUGCCUAAUAGGCCAUCAACUACACAUACUUCUUAUUCAAAUGAUUACACUGCAGCUUCUUUGUCUUACUCUUAUUCCCACCAAUUCUCACACAACCCAAGUUGCUCUCUCACCCGCAAUUCAACUGAGAAUUUUGAGUAUUCAAUGAGCAAAGAUAACCAAAUUUGGAAUUGUGGGGAAGGGACUAAUGGGUCUGUUCAUAGCAGGUUCAAGCCAGUAGGAGAUGGGGUUGGUUUCUCCAAUCAUGGUGGUGGUGUUCUCAGUUCUUUCAUGCAAGGUAAUAGUCAGUAUAAAACUAAUAGUUCAGAUACUCAUUCUUUUUUCCCUUCAGAAUUGCCUGCAAGACCAAGAUUUGAAGCUCAGUCAGGGGAUUCAAGGGGGAGGAAUUCUGAGAAUCUGAGAGUCUUGGAAAGCUUAGAUGGUGGGAAGAUGAGGAAAAUUUCUAGACCUGAGAGAAUUGUGAGGGAAAUUGUUUCAGAGUCUAUACCAGUCAUGGCAUUGACAAUUCCUGAGCUUACUGAUGAUGUCAUAGCAUCAACAAAGGAAUACUUGAAGAAUCUCAUUGAGAAGCCUGAGAAGAAAGAUGAAUUGGUUAGCCUUCAAAACAGGCUUGAGAGAAGAUCUGAUCUUACCAAGGAGACUCUUACAAAGUGUAGUAAAUUGCAAUUGGAGAUUUUAGUCACUGUGAAGAUGGGGUUGACAAGCUUCUUAUCUGGAAAAGUUCAUUUGUCUGAGAUGGUGGAGAUUUUCUUGUAUAGGAGAUGUAGAAAUGUGACCUGCAAGCACUUGCUUCCUGUUGAUGACUGUGACUGCAAGAUUUGCUCAGGGAACAAAGGGUUUUGCAGCUCUUGCAUGUGUCCUGUUUGUUUGAACUUUGAUUGUGCAAGCAACACUUGUAGUUGGAUUGGUUGUGAUGUUUGUUCUCACUGGUGCCAUGCUGCUUGUGGUAUUCAGAGGAACCUCAUCAAGCCUGGGCCUAGCUUGAAGGGGCCUUCAGGGACCACAGAGAUGCAGUUUCAUUGUAUUGGCUGUGGACAUGCCUCGGAAAUGUUCGGGUUUGUUAAAGAUGUGUUCUUGUGUUGUGCAAAGGAUUGGGGGCUUGAAACCUUGAUGAAAGAGUUUGACUAUGUGAGGAGGAUUUUCAGGGGAAGCGAAGAUCGCAAAGGGAAGGAAUUACAUUAUAAAACUGAUGACAUGCUGUUAAAGCUUCAAACUAAAAUGGUGUCUCCUUCAGAUGCCUCCAACUACAUCAUUCAAUUUUUCAGCUAUGCGGACAGCAUGCCGAAUUUUCCCGCUUCUGGUAUUUCCUCAAAGGAUUUGACAGCCUCUCAAGCUAACCUUCCAAAGGACACACCAUCUCUUUCAAAAUCUAACUCUCUAGUACCAAGCUACGCUUAUGACUUGAGCUAUUCGAGGUCACAUUCUGAUGCCGUGACCAAUGAUCUUCAUCAGAAAGACCUCAAAGCUUCCCUAUUAAGUGAAGCAAAAAGUGAUGCCGAUAUCCAAUUGGCGGCCUUAUUGAGAAGAGGCGGUGUUGAGAAUUUGGAGAGCAUCGUGCGGAUAAAGGAGGCCGAAGCCAAAAUGUUCCAAACCAAGGCGGACGAAGCAAGGAGAGAGGCAGAAGGGUUCCAGAAGAUGAUCAGGACAAAGACUGCACAGAUGGAGGAUGAGUAUGCUGCAAAGCUUGGUAAACUCUGUUUGCACGAUACUGAGGAAACGCAGAGGAAGAAACUGGAUGAGGUGAAAGUCUUGGAGAGUUCCUAUGUUGAUUAUUAUAAAAUGAAAAAGAGAAUGCAAGAUGAGAUUGACGGUUUGUUGCAGAGAAUGGAGGCAACAAAGCAGCAAUGGGUUUGAAUUUGAUUAUUUUUUGCUGUUUUUCUUGUGUUUUCGAGGAUGCUGCUAAAAAUGUGUGUAAUUUAUUGAUCUGAUUAUAUGGUGUUCUGGUUGUUUCCAGAAUCAAUUAUUUUCAAUUGUAAAAUCGAAGUUUUUGGCAUUUAA